AUAAUAUAGAAGAUUUUAUUUAUACAAGCAAAUUAUCAGCAAACUUUAUAAAAUAUUUUACAAAAAAUGACGAUUAUUCAUAAUCUAUUCAAAAAAUAUUUUAUCAAGCAUAAUCAUAUCAUAUUAUCUAUUAAAUUUUUUUAAUAUAUGUCAUGAAAGAAAAAAAAAAUUCAGGACCAAAAUUGAUGCAUGGAACGGAACUUUCUAGACAUGUUCCGAAAACGGAACUUGGAAAAAAAUAUGGAACGAAGACGGAAGGGAAAGAUAAUUCUCGGAACGCUCCCGAAACAAAACUCGUUCCUAAAAACGUGAAACGGAAUGGAAACUUCGAAAAGAUUCCAUUUGGCGGUUCGUUUAGCAAAACUGUCUUGAAUGCAGCCACAACUAAUUACUUCACGAAAUCUAAUCCUUUCUCAAACAACACGUCUAAUCAGCACAGUAGCAAUAAAAACUCUAACCAUAAUUAUAGCUAUUAUGGUAAUCUUAACAAUCACGGGGAGGUGAACGGAAAUUCGAACUUUUACGAAACGAAUCUACGAUACAAUAAUAAUCCACAAGCCUGCAACAAUCCCGAUUCCGUAUACGGUUCUUGGAGUGGUUCUGGCUCGGUUGGCCCAUGUUCGAACUCCACAAAAUCCCGCUCCAAAAAAGAAAGGGGCCGCGCCAACGCUUUUACCUUCGUUAAUUCGGCGGGCUCUGACGACGAUAUAAGCCUUGCCUCGAGUCUUGCCUCGUUUUAUCAAGCACAAGACUCGCAAAAUUACAAUGGAACCGAUUCUACUUCCGCGUCUUGUUUCACGGGUUCAAACAACGAUAUCGCUCAAUUGGGCGAGAGCGAAAUCAAUGAAAAGUUCGAGAGUAUGUUGGAUGACAUGAAUUUAUCGGAAGAAAGGAAAGCUCCUCUCAGAAAUAGGGAUAUGAAAAUGAAGCGCGAAAUGCUUUCGAUGCAUCUUCGAGGAGUGUCUCAUAAAGGCGCGGUUAAAGCGGCCGGUCCAAUCGAUUACAUAAAAUUUUUAUCGCAUUACGAAACCACACCCUCCAAGCUACUGAGGUGGCUCGAGUCAUUAAGGGUCGCCUUAAAAUCCAAUCCCGUCAGUUGGGUGCGGGAGUUUGGAAUCGGCGGUUUAAAUGGUCUGUUAGGAAAUCUAGCAGCAUCUUACGAUAGAUCCCCCAAUGACAUAUACGUUAAAAUACAACACGAAUGCAUACGAUGCCUAAAAGCUUUCAUGAAUAACAAAUACGGUUUAACAGCUGUAAUGCAACAUCCAGAUGCUUUGAUACUCAUGGCGAAAUCUGUCGAUCCUCGGCACCCUAACAUCAUGAAUGAUACGGUUAAAAUUAUGGCCGCUUUUUGCCUUAUACCUCCGGAUGGACAUUCCAAGGUACUCCAAGCCUUAACGAUUUGUUGGGAUGAUAAUAAUACCGAUCGAUUUCAACCAAUUAUUAUGGCUUUACAGAUAAAUAACCAUUUAAAUCUCCAAGUCUCUUGCAUCCAAUUUAUCAAUGCAAUAGUCAGCACUCCAGAAGAUUUAGAUUUCCGAUUACAUCUGCGAAACGAAUUUUUCCGUUGUGGGUUAACUGCAGUUCUUGAGUCUCUGACAGGGUCCCUUCCAGAUCUAACCCCGCCUGAUCUUAGACUUCAGCUCGAUGUGUUCUCCGAACAGCGAGACGAGGAUAAAGAUGAACUUAGCCAUCGCUACGAUGAAGUUAAGUUUGAAUUCGAAGAUGCCGACGAUUGUUAUCGCGCUCUUAAACGUUCAUUCGUAAGGCAACCUGCCAUAGAGAACAGUUUUCUAGCUAUUCUUCAAUAUCUGCUAUGUUUGAAGGAGGAUGAUGCUAUCAAGCCGGCCUAUUACAAAUUGAUUGAAACAUGUGUUUCGCAAAUAGUUCUACAUAAAAAUGGGCUAGAUCCUGAUUACAAAUGUUCUCGAAGAUUCAAGAUGAACGUCGAACCUAUUAUUGACAUAAUAACGAGCAAAUCGGAUUCGACUUCUCUGGACGGAAGCGCAAACGGUAGCCUCUCAUCUUCUCUUGGUUCUGCGCCUCGUCGCGCUCUCGAAGAUGCUCUUGCAGCACGGCAUGAAGCGGAGGCGAAAGUAGCCCAUCUGGAAGCUAAGCUAAAAGAUAUCACUAGCAAAGAUGCCCUCCAUAAUCUUAAUGCAGGAUCUCUUAUAAAUAUCGAAACUAAGACAGCCUCAUCAUCUUCCUCACAUCCAAACAUUCCUCAAGCUCCGCCUUUAAAAUCUGGCAAUUUUAUCCCUCUUCCACCCCCUCCUCCUCCCUCCUCGAGUUCCAGCUCGGGACCCCCACCGCCACCCCCUCCCCCAGGCCCGCCGUCUUUAAACAGAAAUGCUGGUAAAAGUAGCGUGGUUGAUGCCUCUUCAUCUCCCAAAUCACAAUCGUUAUCGCAAAAUGGAAAUAUUCCCAAUUAUCUCGUUCCUAAACGCCGUUACGAGCCUGACAAAAAGCUGAAACGAGUUAAUUGGACUAAGAUCGCCCCCCAAAAGUUAACUCAAGACUCCUUCUGGUCAAAUAUCAAAGAAGACGAGCUCGCAGAUCCUGAUCUCUUCAAACAAAUUACUCACAAAUUUGCCGUUGGAAAUAACAUAACCACCGGACGACGCAACAAAAAUAAUUUAGAAAAUUCUUUAUCUUCGUCCUCUUUAUCAUCAGCGCAGGGCUGUAACGAUCGAUCAAAAGAAAAUAGUAAUAAUAAAGUUAAACAACUGAGAGUUCUAGACCCAAAAUCUGCUCAAAAUUUAUCCAUAUGCUUAGGAUCGAUCAAGCUACCUUACGAAAGUAUACGUGAUUUGAUAUGGUCUAUGAACUCAGACCAGGCUUCCCCUUUGUCUGAAGAGAUUUUGCAACAACUCUUAAAAUAUAUGCCCGAACAAUUUCAAAUCGACCUGCUAUCCCAAAAAUAUUCUCACGUCUACGAAAGCCUCAAUGAGGCCGAGAGAUUUUUAAUAACGAUUUCUCCUAUCAAAAGAAUCGCUUCCCGUUUAAAAUGUAUUUGCUUUAAAAUGAAAUAUAGCGAAAUGGUCAAUGAUAUAAAACCGGCCAUAGUGGCUGUAUCCACAUCUUGUGAACAAAUCAAAAAGAGCAAAAAAUUUUCAAAAAUUCUUCAGCUCAUCCUUUUAAUAGGAAACUACAUGAAUUCUGGCUCUAACAAUGCUCAAACAUAUGGUUUCGAAAUGAAUUUUUUAACGAAGAUUCAAAGCACCAAAAGCGAGGACCAAUCAACUACAUUGCUACAAUUUUUGAUCCAAAUUAUUGAUAACCAUUUCCCAGAAUAUAAGGAUUUUUAUUUGGAAAUAUCAUAUGUAGAAAAAGCAACCAAAGUAUGCCAGGAAAACAUGUCAAAAACUUUGAACCAAAUGAAUUCCUCGCUAAAAUUGCUUCAGAUUGAAAUUAGCAAUUGCGCGAUAGAUGUGUCUUACGAUAAUAUCCAUGAUAAAUUUUUAGAAAAUAUGAAGGAGUUUUAUGGUAAGGCCGACGAAAAUUAUGAUAUAAUAAAAGGUAUGUUCGAAAAAAUGGAAGCCGCUUAUCAAGAUAUAGGUAUAUACUUUUGCUUCGAUCCUAAAAAGUGUCCUUUCGAAGAUUUCUUUGCCGAUAUUCGUUGCUUUGUCGAAAAUUUCAGAAAAUCUCAGAAUGAAAAUAACAAGGUAAAAGAUGCCGAAGAAAAGGCCAGGAGAACAAAAGAAAUCAAAGAAAAAGCAGAAACGGAAAAAAAAGAGAAGAAUAAAAGGAAGGUUCUGGUUGACAUGAAUUCGGAUGGCGAGCAUGAAGGUGUUAUGGAUAGUUUAUUAGAAGCGUUACAAAGUGGAAGUGCUUUUCAUAAACCUACAAGGAGGCGUCUAUCUCGAGUAUAAGAUAAAUUUAAUGCGGUUUCAAAAUCAAAAAAUAUCCGUCCUAAUGGCCAAUACGACGUUUGUAAUAUCACAAAAUAUUAUCUAUUUAUUAAUAUCGCUUUAAUUUUAAUUAUAUGGUCUAUAAAGUAGUCUUAUAUUUUAAUAUUAUGUUGAUAUAUAUUAUUUAUCAAAAUAAAUAUU